ACUUCUCCAGCGCGCAUGCGCCGCCGCCGCGCUUCCGCCAGCACCGCUCCCCGCGCAGGCGCGGGCGGAAGCCCGGGGGCGGGGGCUCGGAAGCGGAAGAGACGAGCCGAGGGCGGAGGGAAAAUGGCGGCGGCCGCGGCGGCCCCUCAGGACGAGCUGGUCUCGUCGGUGACGCUCUACCGGCGGCGGCCGCGCCUCCUCCGCGCCACCGUCCUGCCCUUCGCCGCCGGGCUCUACCCGGCGUGGCUGUGGCUGUGGGGGCCGCGGCUGUGGGGGGCGCAGGGGGAGCAGGAGGAGGAGGAGCGGGGGGGGCCCCCCGAGGCGGCGCUGCUGGCGCUCGGCGCCAUCGCGGCGCUGCAGCUGCUCACGGCGCUGGCGGGGCUCUGGUCCGUGCACGCGCAGUGCGCGCUCACCUGCGUCAGGGAGCCGUGUCCCAAAAAAGCCACCUUGGCCAAAGUGGUGCCGACCCCCAACAACGGCUCCGUGGAGCUGGUGCCGCUGCACCGGGAUCAGGGCGAGGACGGGGAGGAGGCUCUUUCCUUCGAGUUCCAGAAGAUCAAGUAUUCCUACGAAACCAACGGGAAGAGACAAUUCCUGCCCGUGGCCUUCCCGGUGGAAUAUCCCCUGAGCUACUACCAGAAUUCCAGAGGCUACCAGGAGGACAAGGAAAUCCGGGCAGCAGAGAAGAAAUAUGGCACCAAUAAGGCUGAGAUGGUGGUGCCAGAAUUCUUGGAAUUGUUCAAGGAAAGAGCCACAGCUCCCUUCUUCGUCUUCCAGGUGUUCUGCGUGGGGCUGUGGUGCCUGGACGAGUACUGGUACUACAGUGUCUUCACCCUGUCCAUGCUCGUGGCCUUCGAGGCCUCGCUGGUGCAGCAGCAGAUGCGGAACAUGUCGGAGAUCCGCAAGAUGGGCAACAAGCCCUACAUGAUCCAGGUGUACAGGAACCGCAAGUGGCGCCCGAUCUCCAGCGACGAGAUCAUCCCGGGGGACAUCCUGUCCAUCGGUAUCCGGGGCUCGUUCCCGGGGAUCCGGCGCGUUCCCGGCGUUCCCGGGGGCUGGGUGGGGUUGGAUCGGGGUAAAACAUCCCACGGGUGCCUCUGGGGGAUUUUAAUUCCCGUUUCCAGGGUGGGAUCUCUGGGAGUCUUGGUUUAAAUUCCCUUUUCCGAGGAGCCAGGAGGGAAA